ACCAUCACCAAAACCAUUAAUCUCCCCCCAUACGCCAAGUGUCUCUCUCCUCUAAAUACUAACAAUUCUCAAAGCCACCACAAUUCGCCGCCGCCAACACCACCACGUCCGCCGCCACAGUCCAAUAUGUCUCUUAGACCAAGACCAACACCUACCAAGCAACAAUCGAUAUCAGAUGCAGUUUCCAUUACUACCAACCCACCAACCUCCACCACCAGCUCCGAAUCGGAACCCGACACCCCGAAAAGCCCUCAGCUACCACAACCCACCCUCUCCCAACGUGCCAUCUCCCAAACCCUAACAAGCACAGCAAACCUAGCCAACCUUCUCCCAACAGGCACCCUCCUCGCCUUCCAACUCCUCACCCCAAUCUUCACCAGCAAUGGCUCUUGUGACUCCGCCACGCGCCCCAUGACCCUCAUCCUGCUCCUCCUCUUUGCCCUCUCGUGUUUCGUCGCGUCCCUUACCGACAGCGUCAAGGCCUCUGAUGGACAAGUCUACUACGGCCUGGCAACGACCAAGGGGUUAUUUUUGUUUGACUUCCCGGAUGCCUCAGGUUCAGGUCUGCCUGAUUUGAGCAAGUACAAGAUAAGGUUCAUGGAUUUGGUUCAUGCAGUUUUGUCUGUGUUUGUGUUUGGGGCUGUGGCUUUGAGGGACAAGAAUGUUGUGGGGUGCUUCUACCCUACGCCUGGGCGUGAGACUCAGGAGGUUUUGGACAUUGUUCCAGUUGGUAUUGGGCUUAUUUGCAGCUUGCUGUUUGUGGUCUUCCCCACCAAAAGACAUGGCAUUGGAUACCCUCUUACAUCUGGCAAAUAAAUUGUCAUUGGUUUUGUUGUUUUAACUUAAAUUUAAUUUUUUUAAAUCACGUCUACCCCUCUGUUUUGCGUGGAAGGGUUGUUUAAUCUUUGUUGACAUCUCUCUUAAUUGAAUUAUUAAUUAAGUUUAGCUGAAAGUGCAAGGAACAUGUACAAUUGUCCAUUUUGGCAGAUCAUGAAUAAACUAAUGACAUGUGUAGUUUGAUUUGAUUCCUUCAA